AUGGCUGACAGACGCAUAGGUCAUGGUAGACCCAGAACCCAUAAUUCAGACUCUAAACCGCCAAAUGGUAGUAAAGGUUUUCAAUGGCCUCAGUUUGUGCAACAGAUGCAACAACAACAGAACCAAUUCAUGCAACAGAUGAUGCAACAGUGGAAUGGUAGUUUACAUCCUCAAGGGGUUCCACAAGAAGCUACAUAUGGUAGUUUUCGAGAAUUCUUCCGCAUGAAUCCUCCUGAAUUCCAUGGUGGGUUGAAUCUUGUGAAGGCUCGGGAGUGGAUAACCAGCAUGGAAAGGAUUUUUCAGAUAGUGCAUUAUAGUGAAGAGAAUAAGGUUGUGUUUGCUUCUCACAUGAUGAAGGGUCCAACUAUGAGAUGGUGGGAGAGUGCUUCGACUCUUAUGACCAAUCAAGGAGUACCUAGGGAUUGCGAUCAUUUUAAGACUAUUUUUAUGGAUAAGUAUUUUCCUAGUUCUUUGAGGACUCAGAAAGAGUUUGAGUUUCAACAGCUUAGGCAGGGUACUAUGACAGUAGCUACUUAUGCUAAGAAGUUCGAAGAUAUGGUUGCUUAUUCUAGACAAGCCGCGUACGCAAUGGAUGAGAGUUUGAAGAAAGUUCAAGAAGAAAGGGACCAAUAUAGGAGUGGACAGAGAGACCAAGGGAGGCCAGGUAGCCAGUUUAGGCCUAGAUCUCAGGCUUUCAAAGGAAAACAGGUGCAACAUGCAAGACCUAACCAUCCACCUCAAUGUCAAGUGUGUAAGAAGUCUCAUUUUGGAAAUAUGUUGGAAGUGGAGUUAGGUGUAUUACUUGUCAGAGGGAGGGACACAUGUCUAGGGAAUGUUCUCAGAAUAAGAAUCAGAUGCAGGGGAGGAGCACUGGCCGGAUGCAAGGAAGGCUAA